GUCACUCUCCCGCCCCAAUACGGAAGCAGCGGGGUACUCGGGAUCCGACAGCGGGUGGGUCCAGGCCAUGGAGCAGCCUUGGGCGGCGGGGAGCGCGGAGGGGACGCCCACGCGGCUGCCCCUCGUGCUCACCGCUCUGUGGGCCGCGGCCGUGGGCCUGGAGCUGGCCUACGUGCUGGUGCUGGGUCCCGGGCCGCCCCCGCUGGGACCCCUGGCCCGGGCCCUGCAGCUGGCGCUGGCCGCCUUCCAGCUGCUCAACCUGCUGGGCAACGUGGGGCUCUUCUUGCGCUCGGAUCCCAGCAUCCGGGGCGUGAUGCUGGCCGGCCGCGGUCUGGGCCAGGGCUGGGCUUACUGCUACCAGUGCCAAAGCCAGGUGCCACCGCGCAGCAGGCAUUGCUCUACCUGCCGCGUCUGCAUCCUACGAAGGGACCACCACUGCCUCCUGCUGGGCCGCUGUGUGGGCUUUCACAACUACCGGCCCUUCCUGUGCCUGCUGCUUCAUGCCUCAGGGGUCCUGCUCCACGUCUCUGUGCUGCUGGGCCCUGCCCUGUCAGCCCUGCUUCGAGCCCACUCGCUCCUCCACACCGCCGCCCUCCUCCUGCUGCCCUGGCUCAUGCUGCUCACAGGCAGAGUGUCUCUGGCGCAGUUUGCCCUGGCCUUCGUGACCGACACGUGUGUGGCAGGUGCGCUCCUGUGCGGGGCUGGGCUGCUCUUCCAUGGGAUGCUGCUGCUCCGGGGCCAGACCACGUGGGAGUGGGCUCGGGGCCAGCACUUUUAUGACCUGGGCCCCUACCACAACCUACAGGCGGCCCUGGGGCCCCGCUGGAUCCUCGUCUGGCUUUGGCCCUUCUUGGCCUCCCCAUUACCUGGGGAUGGGAUCACCUUCCAGACCGCAGCUGAUAUGCGACUUAUGGCUUCCUGACUCCAGAAAGAGCCAGAGCUGCACAGGGAGCGGGUGCUGGGGAAGGGGGCUCAUAACUCAUUUCAGGCCUACCGCCAGCCUCGGGAGAGGAGGUGGGUUCGGACUUAAUGCCUCCUUUCGGCAACUCCGGCUCCAUCCUCAGCCUCGCCCCUGCCCAGAUUGGACUCCUAGUAUCUAGGGCUUGGGCCCUACGACUCUGCCUUCAUCAGUGGCUCCUGAGUGCAGUGGAGGGUCCGGCAAAGGGAUGCUCGGCCAGCUUAGCUGCCCCUUUGCCAGGUUAAUAAAGUGCCCCCUUGGUUCUUGGACCCCCGUCCAUCUCUGUGGGUUUCUAUUGGCUGGGCUGCUGUUUCAGGCUCUUCUGAUCGUCAGGCCUGGGAGCCGCAGAAUGCCUGAGCACGUGAGGGGCCAGGGCUCUGCCUCCUGUGGCUUUGGUGGGGUGUGUGUGGCAGCACCAGCAGACCAAGGGAGCACGUAGUGAUCCAGGGUAUGAGUAUCUAAAAUUCUUUCCCAGGUUCAGUGCUUUGUAGUUAGAAGCAUUGCCACAACCUGGUACAUUGGGCAGCAGUCAUGCAGGUGAAGAAAUUAAAGCUCAGAGUUCGUAAGAUCAUGCACGGGGUAGUACAUGGAGGAGCGAACCCAGAUCUUGGUGCUUUCUGCCUUAUGCUUGCACAGCUGAGGGAGGGGCGUGGGACAAUCAAGGCUGAGAAAUCAGGCGGGGGUGGUCGAGCAUCUGUGAAGCGUGGUGAUGCCGGGGCUAUGCUGAUCUUCUCUGGCUCUUCAGGAGCUGCUUGUUAAACAUUUUUAUUUAAAUAGAGUAACUAGAGUUAAAUGUGGCAGGCUUAAACACCUGGGUUUAUCUGUUUCCUCUUAAAAUCUAAGGUGAUCAUAAAUAGAAAUCUACAAGGAGAAAAAAAAGGAGACAGCAGUAGACCCAAGAGCCUGGCAUUCGGAAAGAUGGAAAGUGGACGGAGGCUCAUUUACUCUCUUAGAGAAGUAGAAGUGGAAAUUAAGUGUUCCCAGAGGGAGGGGCCAAGAGGCGGUCAGACUGCCCCCUAGAACCCCGGAGAGGCUCAGGAAUUCCACCAGCAUCGUGGAGGGCAAGGUUUGGGGCUGACAGUAGAGAAGGAUGCAAACUCAGUGAGGUGCAGCUGGGUUGCCCCUCUGGUCAGCACCCACCCUACCCCCGUAGCUAAGCAGCUUAGCUCCCCCUUGGGUGGAGGUGGCUUUCUGUCUCAGAGCACUGGGGAGAGUAGGGGUGAGGGGCUGGACCGAAAAUGGGGUUAAGUGGCAGUCUACAGAUAUUGCUAGCGGGGGGAGUCCUCCAGGGACACGGCAGGCUCGUCCCCCCAAGAACCCUCAGAGAAGCCCACCCUUCUGGCAGGCCCUGCCCAUGCCCACAAAGGUUUGAGCUGCUAGGACAUUUUCUGUUUUUCCAAAUGGCAUGCUCUGUUACUAUUUUUUAACUGCGUUAGGAACUUGGUGUGCCUGGCACUUUGUGCUGUCCAUAAGCUCUGGCAGACUGUCUGUUUUCUCUCCGCUUUACCCCUUACCCGCACCUCCGCCCCCCAAAAAAUCUUUUCUUGUUUUUUAUUAAAUAGGAGAUGCCAAGAAUGUAUUUAUAAAAGAGAGAGAGAAACGACAUUUAAAAAAUGGAUACCAUUUCCUUUGAAGUCCCUGCUGUGCCCUCCCUGGUAGACAAAACACUGCAGUCUUAGUCAUUCCCUGGCUCUGUUUGUAAUUUUAUUACAUAUGUGUAUAUUGGUUUUGCAUGUUUGAAUUUUUAUAUAAAUGGAAUCAUACCUUGUUUAUUCUGUGCCUUGCUUUUUCACUCAAUAUUAUGUUUCUGAGACUUACCCAAAUUAAUGUAUGCCUCUGUAGGGCAUUCCUUUCCCUCGCUGUAGUGUGAUCCUCUGAAGAUACCAGUUUGUUAGUUUUGUCCCACUGGUCAUUAUAUCUACCCCUGUGUAUGAUCCCCUAAGAUCUAUUUUUGGUGCUUGCUCUUCUAUAUUGAUUUUAGAAUCAGCUUAAAUUCCAAUAAAAACCCCAUUUGACAUUAUGAAUGGAACCUAUUGAAUCUGUAGAUCAGUUUAGGGAAAAUCAACUUCUCCAUGAAAUUGAAUUUUCCAGUUCAUGACCAUGGUGUGUCUCUCCAUUUAAUGUUUUCAUUAAAGUCAUAUACUUUUUUCCUCAUAAA